AUGGACCAUCGGAAAGCCAGGGUCCUCUCAGCUGGCCACUGCUGCCCCUCCCUGCGAAAGUGGGCCUCGCAGGCUGGCAGCGUGGGGCUCUCUGUACCACCCUGCAUCAGCAGGAGCUCAGCCAUGGUGAAUGAGGUGGGCAGGAGUGAUGGCCCCAACCCCCGCUCCGAGGGCAGCAGCAGCAGUGGCAGCGAGAGCUCCAGAAACAGUUCAAGAUGUUCUACACCAGGCCUGGACCCUGAUCGGUACGAGAAACUCCGGGACAAGAUGAAGCGGAGGAUGGACUCUGGUGACAAAUGGUUCUCCCUGGAAUUCUUCCCUCCCCGAACCGCUCAGGGAGCUGUCAACCUGGUCUCAAGGUUUGACCGGAUGGCCACAGGUGGCCCCCUCUUCAUCGAUGUGACCUGGCACCCUGCAGGGGACCCUGGCUCAGACAAGGAGACCUCCUCCAUGAUGAUUGCCAGCACGGCAGUGAACUACUGCGGCCUGGAGACCAUCCUGCACAUGACCUGCUGCCGCCAGCGCCAGGAGGAGAUCACCCGCCAUCUGCACAAAGCCAAGCAGCUGGGCCUGAAGAACAUCUUGGCAUUGAGGGGAGACCCCAUAGGUGACCGGUGGGAGGCGGAGGAAGGAGGUUUCAACUGUGCUGCAGACCUGGUGAGGCACAUCCGAAGCGAGUUUGGGGACUACUUUGACAUCUGCGUGGCAGGUUACCCCACAGGCCACCCUGAGGCAGCGAGCUUUGAGGAUGACCUAAAGCACCUGAAGGAGAAGGUGUCCGCGGGCGCCGACUUCAUCAUCACGCAGCUCUUCUUCGAGGCUGACACCUUCUUCCGCUUCAUCAAGGCCUGCACAGACAUGGGCAUCACCUGCCCCAUUCUCCCUGGCAUCUUUCCCAUCCAGGUGACAUGUCUGCCCUGGAAUGACGAGCCCCUGGCUGCCGAGACCAGCCUGAUGAAGGAAGAACUGCUACGCGUGAACCGCCAGGGCAUCCUCACCAUCAACUCCCAGCCCAACAUCAAUGGAAAGCCAUCUUCUGACCCCGUCGUGGGCUGGGGUCCCAGCGGGGGCUAUGUCUUCCAGAAGGCCUACUUAGAGUUCUUCACUUCCCGAGAGACAGUGGAGGCGCUUCUGCAAGUGCUGAAGAAGUACGAGCUCCGGGUCAAUUACCACAUCGUGGAUGUGAAGGGUGAGAACAUAACCAACGCCCCUGAGCUGCAGCCCAAUGCCGUCACAUGGGGUAUCUUCCCUGGCCGGGAGAUCAUCCAACCCACCGUGGUGGAUCCUGUCAGCUUCAUGUUCUGGAAGGAUGAGGCCUUUGCCUUGUGGAUUGAGCAGUGGGGAAAGCUGUAUGAUGAGGAGUCCCCGUCCCGCGCCAUCAUCCAGCACAUCCACGACAACUACUUCCUGGUCAACCUGGUAGACAACGAGUUCCCACUGGACAACUGCCUGUGGCAGGUAGUGGAAGAUACAUUCGAGCUGCUCACCAGGCCCCCCAAGCGCGACGGGGAUGUGGAGGCCCCCUGAGUCCCAGGCCUGACAUCCUUCACUGUGCCCACCCACCUUUCCCACUGUCCUCCGGGCCUGGUUCUUCCCAGGGGGUAAUGGCAGUAAGGCCAGCAGGAGGCGUCCGGGCUCUGGCUGGACCAGAGUCAGCCCCACGUGGGAGCCUGCCACCCUCUGAGAGAGCGUGCUCGGGGUCGGGAGCACACUGCCCUCCCUGCCCCACACCAGGGCAGCCUCCGGAGCUAACAAAGGACCCCGGUGAACUUGCACUUGGAGCCCUCGUGGGCCGGGCAGUGAACUCGAUGAACUCAACGGGGACUCGCAGCACUGACGACAUGGCAGAGUGAAGGUGCCACAUCGUCCCACUGAGGUGGGAGGGGCAGGCCACUGCCGCCUCCCUGCGUGGCUGACAGGUGCCAGACCUCAUCCCCCAAGCGUUCCCUCAGCUGCGGUCCCCCCAGCCCCAGGCCUGCCCCAUAACGUGGCUUCUCUGUUCCGAUGGCUGGAUGGAAAAGCACCCCUGUGGUGAAAGGCCGUCCCAGCCCUCCUGCUUCCCUCCACCCCUCAGCUCAGGCAGGGCCCGGCCACGCCCCAGCUGGCCUUCCUAAUGCCAGCUGCCGGCCCUCCUCUCAGCCCGGCACUCCUCCCAGGACCCAGCCCCAGGUUCUGCUGCCUGGGGCAGUGGCCAGCAGGUGCAGCCGGCUGCUCUUCCUUGGCUCCUGGCCUGCUGGCCUUGGCAGGAAGGAGCCCCGCACACGGACGCGGGUGUCAGAAGAACGGCUGAGUGACGCAGCCUUCAGGGAACACAGCAGAAGCAGCCUUUUAUUGUCCCCCAGAGUCGUCCCUCUCCCGCUGCACUCGUGAGGUAGGAGUCUUUGGGGGGCCCUGAGGGACCUGGGCCUCAGUGCUGCGCAUCACUCCACAGGCACCAGUCGCGGGCUGCAGCCUGGCCCUUUGUUCUGCCCCACACUCACCACAGCCAGGGCCUGGGCACUCAGGGAGCGGCUGCGGCUGCGUCUCCUGGCUGUCACACACUGGUACCACUGUUUAAAGGCCUGGUACCCAGGGAGGGACAGAAAAGGCUAUUUGGCUCCCUUCAAGGCCUGGGCUUUGGCCUGCCAGGGGAUCACCUGUGCCCAGCUCAUGUCCCCCCCAGAGGCCGCUCCCCCCGCCUGGGCAGCCUGCCUGCCCUUCUCCAGGGAAAAUGCAGAGUCUCAGAAUAGAUCUGACUUGUGACCUGGAAGCUGUGUCUGCAGAGCCCCAAACAAGGGGACCCAGCCCCCCCGCCGGGGCUGCGACGAGAGGCCAGGGAUCCAAGCUGGGCCUUCUUGCUCCUAGAUGGAGCAGCACCAGUCACAGCAAAGGUCCAAUAUCUGGCUGUGUUCUGUAAUCCAACUGAUCCCCUCCCUGGGGUGGCUACCACGGAGACCCCUGACCCAGGAACCAGAGGCAGCUGGGGGACAAGGUGG